AUGAGUAAGUAUGGUCCAUUGGGUAUUACUAACUUUAUUACUCCGUACGAUCUAUGCAUAUUAAUCCUAAUACAUGCUCACUGCUCACAAGAUAAUGGCAUAUCAGUGCCAACAGCAGUAUUUCUUCGGUUAAUAUCCCCUACUAGACCUUCACUAGAAUGGAAUCCUCUGCUCAAGGAUAAUAGUAAUUUAAGAUCUUCAUCUAUUGUUCCUCCUCCUGUACUUCCUAUUCUAGAUAAUAUAAUAAGGAUACUGUUAGAUGACAAGGAUGGUAACAAAAUAGCUCUGACAUUAAUGGGCUAUUUGGAAGCAAUUAAUGGACUGGAUUCAAUCAACAGACUAAUGAUGGAUUUAGAAAAGAACUGUUUGGUUAAUAAUUACAGGUCAAUGAAAAUGCGUACAACAUCAACAAGAAGACAAAUGACAAGAGCGAGUUUUUUAGGAACAUUUUUGUCAACUUGUAUACGCAAGUAUCAAAUUGGUGAUUUUGAAAUGAGGGAGACAAUCUGGAUUAAUCUACAAAAUUUCAAAACUGUAUUUAAGCAUACUCCGCUAUGGCUACGAUUUAAAGAUAACGUUCAUAUUCAAAAGGUAAAAAACUGUCUUCUGGCUAACGACGAGAUCUCGGUGGAGGAUCAACAGAUGGUGGAAUUUUUCCAACACUUCAAUAAUGGUAAUGACGCUGAUUCAAAAACAAUGAACGAAGAAAAUUAUGGGACAUUGAUUUCCAUCCAACAUUUACAAUCAAUAGUUAAUCGACAAAUUGUGAAUUGGUUAGAUAAUACAGAAUUUAAUCUGAUGGGUCAAGAAGAAACUAGUUCCACAUAUGAAGAACAAAGCGGACUAGUUUUUGAUUUGCUAGAUACGCUUUCAUUGAACGAUGCCACAAAAUUCCCUUUGAUUUUUAUAUUAAAGUAUCUCGAAGCUAUAAAAGAGAACAGUUAUCAAACCGCACUAGAUUCUCUACAUAACUAUUUUGAUUACAAGUCCACGGGCAAUUCUCAAAAUUACUUCCAUAUCUCCUUGUUGUCCCUUGCCACCUUCCACUCAAGUUUCAAUGAGUGUGAUGCAGCGAUAAAUUCUUUUGAGGAAGCCACGAGAAUCGCAAGGGAAAAUAAAGAUAUGGAAACGUUGAAUUUGAUAAUGAUAUGGAUAAUAAACUUCAUAGAGGUGCACCCGGAAUAUGCAAACAGAUUUUAUAUCACAGUAGAACAAAUAAUAAAAUAUCUGAAAAAUAGUUCAGAUGUAGAAGAUGCCAAUAUUUUCAGUAACGCCUACAAGUUUGAAACAUUGUUAUCUAUGGUCAAAGAAUCGAAAACUGCUGAAGUUUCUAGUUCACUUCUGAAAUUCAUGGCUAUCACUUUGCAGAACGUGCCUUCUCAAAACUUUGAUCUUUUCCAAAGUCUUGUUAGCUAUGAAGUAAAAUUUUGGAAAGAACUGGGAUACGAAUCCAUAUCCGAUGUAUAUGAGAAAUUCCUGUCUAAAACAUCCUCUUCCUCUUUAAGGAACUACGACUCUUCUAUUAUCAACCAAGAUAUAAAGGUAGCUUUCAAGGCACUUGAAGAAGACGAUUUUUUAAAAGUAAAACAAUACCUUUUGAAAUCAGAAUCACUGGAACUAGACUACGACCAAAAAAUAAAUUUGAAAUAUUUAAGAGUGAAGUAUCUCGUUAAAAUAGGUGACUAUGACCUAAGCAUGCGAUUAAUCAACCAAUAUGUCAAGGAGUGCUGUGAAGAAGUGGCGGAUUCGAACUGGAGAUUCAAAUUUGAAAUUGAAAGUAUCAAUGUUUUACUUUUAAGUGACGUAGGGAUAAGAAGUUUGCCGAAGAUAAUAAAAUUAAUCGACGAAUACAAAGAGAUAGGAAAUCCUUUGCGAUGUGUAAUAUUAUUGCUUAAAUUAUGUGAAGUUUUGAUUCAGGUAGGGAAGAGUAUGGAGGCAGAGUGCUUGAUCAGCUGUAACCUAUCAACCAUUCUAGAAUUCCCAUUUGUAAGGAAGAAGACAGAUGAGCUUUUGGAAUCUCUUAGUGUUGAAGAGGAUAGGGAUGUUCAGAUGACUUGA